CGCCGGAGGCUGCGGAGCGCGGAGAGGAGGCGCGAGGGCGCGACAGUCCAGGACAGCCGGACUCGCCCGCGCUCGGCCGCCGCCUCCUGCACCAUGGCGCCCGCCGCCGUCUGGGCCGCGCUGGCCGUCGGACUGCAGCUCUGGGGCGCGGGGCACGCUGUGCCUGUCCAGGUGCCAUCGCUCCCCUAUGCUCCAGAGCCUGGAAGUGACUGCGGGCACAGAGAGUACUUCAACAAGAGGGCCCGGAUGUGCUGCAGCAAGUGUGCGCCGGGCUUCCAUGUACGAUCGUUCUGCACCAAUACCUCAGAUACCGUGUGUGCCCGCUGCGAGAACAGCACAUACACCCAGCUCUGGAACUGGGUUCCCGAGUGCUUGAGCUGUGACUCCCGCUGCAGCGCUGACCAAGUGGAGACCCAGGCCUGCACUCGGGAGCAGAACCGGAUCUGCACCUGCAGACCGGGCUCGUACUGCACACUGCCGAGGCAGGAGGGGUGCCGGCUGUGUGCGACCCUGAGCAGGUGCCGCCCGGGCUUUGGCGUGGACACACCAGGAACGGACACUUCAGACGUGGUGUGCACUCCCUGUGCCCCCGGGACCUUCUCCAACACGACAUCAUCCACGGACACUUGCAGGCCCCACCAGAUCUGUAGCUCGGUGGCCAUCCCGGGCAAUGCCAGCAUGGAUGCAGUGUGCACCUCCGUGCCCCCCAGCCCGGGAACGGCCACACCCCCGGCCUCCACGUCCCAGCCAGGGCCCACGCGAUCCCAGCGCACGGGGCCAACUCCAGGGCCCAGCAUGGCUCCUAGCACCUCCGUUCUGUUGCCGAUGGUUCCGAGCCCCCCCACCGAAGGGCUCAGCACUGGCGACAUCUCUCUUCCAAUUGGACUGAUCGUAGGCGUGACAGCCUUGGGUCUGCUGAUGAUAGGGCUGGUGAACUGUGUCAUCGUGACCCAGAAAAAGAAGAGGCCCUUCUGCCUACAAGGAGAAGCCAAAGUGCCUCACCUGCCCGCUGAUAACGCCCGAGGUGCCCAGGGGGCAGAGCAGCAGCACCUACUGACCACCGCCCCCAGCUCCAGCAGCAGCUCCCUGGAGAGCUCAGCCAGCACCGCAGACAGGGGGACGCCCGCCAGGACCCCGCCGCCGGCACCAGGCGCCGAGAAGGCCAAUGGGUCUGGGGAGGCCCGGGCCAGCUCCGGCAGCUCAGCAGAGACUUCCUCCGGUGGCCACGGGACCCAGGUCAAUGUCACCUGCAUCGUGAAUGUGUGCAGCGGCUCCGACCACGCCUCUCAGUGCGCCUCACAGGCCAGUUACACGAAGGGGAACGUGGGCGCCAGCCCCUCCGUUUCCCCAGAUGACGAGCAGGUCCCUUUCUCCAAGGAAGAAUGCCCUUUUCAGUCCCAGCCGGGGGCCCCAGAGACUCUGCUGGCGAGCCCAGAGGACAAGCCACUGCCCCUUGGUGUGCCUGACGCUGGGAUGAAGCCCAGUUAGCCAGACUGGUGGGAGUCACGUCUCAGCCACGGUGGGCUCUUCCCUGGUCCUCCUGGGCCUCCCACCCCGCAGGACUCUGGCUCUCUCUGGGCCAAAUUCCUUUAGUAGCCACCACAGCCUCAGAAUUCCUCUCGUCGACUGGCAGAAGGAGAAUUGUGGAAAAUCGCUCCUGUCACGGUGUGUGUCCUUCUCAGAAGGCUCGCUGGACACGGACGCGCCGGCCAGCCUGGGGCCAGCCCCCGCCGCUCUGAGAGCUGCCCCCCAGCUGGUCCUGCGAGUUGGGCUUCUGGAGCCCUUAUUUUGUUUCUGAUCCCUGGGCUCUGCCCAGCUCUGGCUCCCUGGGAGGCCCCAGCAUCCUGCCUUCCAGGGGGGCUUCUGGGGAGGAGGGACGCUGCGUGAGUCAUCCCUGGAGAAGGGGCCGUGGAAAAGGAGCAGUGCUUGGGCCUUGAGUGCUGAGACGGCAGGAUGGUCCCAGCGGGGGCCGGACGGUGCGGGGGUGGGUGUCAUCGAUCGGAUGGUCCUGUGCAGGGAGGGGGUGGCAAUGCCUGCAGGGGACCGGGGUCCCCCCGCCUCCCUACGUUCGCUGGUACCACCUCCAGAUCCAUUCCUGCCAGCUUCACCUCUUGCACAAUGGUGGGAGAAUCAGACCCCCAGAGAGCCCAGCUAAGCAACCUAUGUGAGUCCUGUAGUUCGGGCAAGAUGGCAAACCUCUAGCGGAAAAUCUGCCAACUUCAGCAUGGGGCGGUUAAAAAAAAAAAAAAAGCGCCACGCAGGCCAACAAGCCAAGGAAGGGACAAAGCCAGACUUUGAGUUUGUGCGAGGCCACCCCGGUCAGGGAAUUUCAGGGCCCGGAGAUGCCUGAGGCCCACAGCCGUCUCUCCUCCUACCUCAUGGGCCUUGCUCUGCCUCCCGAGGAGGGGCUCCUCUUCGCCUCGGCCCCCCUCGCUGUUCCUGGAGUCCCAGGCCCCAGGGAAAGCACGGGACCACUUGGGUAUUGUGCCUGCUGUGAUCUCAGGUGGACAUGGGGUGCUGAGAGCCAGCCUUGCGUCCGUGUGUCUGUCGUGCGUGGCUGGUCUGUGUAGCCAUGUUGUUGGGUUGAACGGCCUGCCCGAGGCACCUGAAAUCAGUAAUUUUGUCAAAGGAUUCUUCUCCAUUGAAGAGUCCGUCCGCUCCCCCCAGGCCGUGCCCAGAGUCCCGCAGAGCAUGGCGUACGGCCCUCACCGGAUUCUGGAAGGAGCAGGGGACUCCUGGAGAAGCCAGUUGGGUCCCAGGUACUUGGAUCUCUUGCCAAAGAAGACCACUGGACUUGGACUUGGCAGCUGAACUUUUGGGGGUUGGGAGAGUCCAGCCUUUACCAUGAAGAGAAAGUAAAAGCUUCCUUGAAAUCAGGAUUCCCUGGGAGCCCGGACUGGCCAGGCUCCCCGCCGGUGCUGGACGCCGGGCAGCGAUGGAGCGUGUCUGCCCCCUGGUGGACCACCCUGGGAUGACCUCAGCCUCCCUGCUCUGUUCCAGGGCAGCUCUGAAUUGCAAGGAGGCCCGUUCUGGAUGUGGCCUCAGUUCCCAGGCUGGUGUGGAUCCCAAGACAGAGUUUGUACUGUAUAUACUGGACAGCACUCCCGCUUCUAAAUAAACCUCCUGUUUGUUUUACA